AUGGCAGACAAAUCUCUAAUUCAGGAUGAUAAAGAAGUUGCAAGAGAGUUAUUUGCAAUGAUUAAACAAGACACUACUGCAAUAGAAACAGGCCUUGAUGGAAAUGUCAGCGGUGUGGUAACCGAUAGAGGAAAGCUUUUGGUUGCAGAACAUUUCUCCGAUAUGGGCUUGUCAGACGAACUUCUAAAGGCCAUUUACAACAGGGGUUUUGAAAAGCCGAGCUUAAUUCAAAAGUCUGCAGUUCCCCACAUCCUUAAAGGACACAACAUUGUAGUCCAAAGCAAAAGUGGAACUGGGAAAACAAUAGCUUUUACCUGUGGGAUCCUUGGAAAUGUAAAUGCUGGGGAAGGGACCCAGGCAUUAGUGGUUACACCCACUAGAGAACUAAGUACUCAGGUCACCGAGGUUAUUUCAGGCUUUGCAGAAUCUCUUGGAAUGAAGGUUUUUUCGGCAUUAAAAAAUAAGACUACAGACAUUGUUAGGGAGGAAGUUGUGGUCGGAAGCCCGGGAACGAUUCUAAAGCUCAUUGACCUUGGGAAGCUUAAUCACAAGGAAAUUAAGAUGGUGGUUCUUGACGAGGCAGAUAUCCUCCUUGAUAAAGACAUGAUGGGAACACAGACAUUUAGAAUACUCAAGCUUGUUUCUGGUGCACAAAUUAUUUUCUUCUCUGCAACAUACUCUGACCAAGUGAAACAGACAAUCGAGUUCUACACACCAGAUGCCGUCAAGAUGUAUGAAGAGAGAAAUGGAAAACCCGAAGAGAUUAAGUUAUUUUACAUAGAGGCAGAAGGAGAUAACAAAAGAAAAGCAUUGAAAUCACUUUAUGAGUAUCUUUCAAUCAGCCAGAUGAUUAUAUUUGUAAGUACAAAGGCAACGGUCAAUUACUUAAGAAAAAGACUGGAAGAUGAUUUACAUUCAGUAUCAUGUCUUCAUGGAGAUCUGGAGAUUGAGGAGAGAGAAAAAGCAGUGGAGGAGUUUAGAACUUCAAAAACCAAAAUUCUCCUUACAACAGAUGUCUUUUCAAGGGGGAUGGACAUUCCUCAAGUCAAUCUAAUUGUGAACUAUGAUCUUCCAAUAUACAAAGGUGUUGCAUCUACACAAACGUACAUUCACAGGAUAGGAAGAUCUGGAAGAUUUGGAAGGACUGGGUUUGUGGUGGAUUUUGUUCGGGAUGAAGAGCUGGAGGCAUAUCUGAAAUUCCAAAAGGAAUUGAAAUUUGCAUCAAAGAAAUUUACAAUCAAGGCGCUUGAGGAGGUUGCAGAAGAGAUCGACUAG